AUGGACCGUGCAGACACCUCAGGGUUUGUCAGUGGUGGUUGCUUUGCUCCAAGCUACGCCCUGAACAACCUGACCAAAAGCGCAGUUCGCAUGGAUUGCGUCGGCUCAGCAAUGGCUAAUUGUGGCCAUGGUGAUGAAAGUACACAAAGCAUGAAUAACAUCACAACGAGAGAUGAUGGUUGCAAGCUUGUUCUAGGGUUGGGUCCAACACCUGAUUUUUACUCGACACAUUAUCAGCCCACUGGUGUAUAUAAGUCAAAAGAAUCUCAGACUUUGUCUGGCCAGAGUUUCUCUUUCACUGACCCAGGGGUGCUGAGGCUUGGCCUGCAGACAGAUGGUGCAGAAACAAUUCAGCCUCUGCAAACACCAAAUGAAACAGUUCAUUCUUUUGCUGUUGUUGACGAGGCUUCAACAUCUGCUGCUGUAAGGAGCAUGGGUGGCUACAUGCCAUCGCUACUCUUUGCUCCCCGCUCCAGUUCUUCUGCUGCCAAUGAGACACAAUUACAAAGCAGAGAUUCACUAAACUCCACACACUACAACAGCAAUAAUACUCAGCAUAUUCAACAUCUUCAGCUCAGCCCUGAACCUUCUGCUACGACAGAGACUUCGUUUGGUGUGAGCUCUGAUGUGGUCACUGGAGCAACCACAUCAGAACAACGGAGUCAUCCCCGUCAUCCUAAGAAGUGCAGGUUCAAGGGGUGCUCCAAAGGUGGCAGAGGCUCAUCAGGGCUGUGUAUUGCUCAUGGAGGCGGGCAAAGAUGCCAUAAGCCUGGGUGCCAUAAAGGAGCUGAGAGCAGCACUGCGUAUUGCAAGGCCCAUGGCGGAGGACGGCGGUGUGAGGAGCUUGGUUGCACCAAGAGUGCCGAGGGAAAGACAGAUUAUUGUAUUGCUCAUGGUGGAGGCCGCCGUUGUGAAUAUCCUGAUUGUCCUAAAGCUGCACGAGGUAAGUCUGGACGGUGCAUAAAGCAUGGUGGUGGGAAGAGGUGUGCAAAGGAAGGUUGCAUUCGGAGUGCUGAGGGGAAGGCUGGACUCUGCAUUUCUCAUGGUGGUGGACGCCGGUGCCAGUAUCCGGACUGUGCCAAGGGGGCUCAGGGCAGUACAUUAUACUGCAAAGCGCAUGGUGGCGGCAAGAGGUGCGUCUUCGAUGGGUGCAGCAGAGGUGCAGAGGGGAGCACACCUCUGUGCAAAGCUCAUGGUGGUGGGAAGAGAUGCAUGUUCGAAGGAGGUGGUGUCUGCCCAAAGAGUGUACAUGGGGGGACUGAAUUCUGUGUGGCACAUGGAGGUGGGAAGCGCUGUGCAGCGCCUGGCUGCACCAAGAGUGCCCGCGGCCGCACUGACUGUUGUGUGAAGCACGGUGGUGGUAAGCGUUGCAGGAUUGACAAUUGUGGCAAGAGUGCUCAAGGUAGUACAGACUUCUGCAAAGCCCAUGGUGGAGGCAAACGUUGCACAUGGGGAUCCGGUUGUGAGAAGUUCGCCCGUGGCAAGAGUGGCCUGUGUGCCGCACAUGGAACCUUGGUGGCCAGGCAGCAAGAACAUGGAAUGGUGAAGAGUGGAGGGAGCAUGAUCGGACCAGGCCUCUUCAGUGGCAUUGUGGCAUCAUCAACCACCGCUGCAAGUAGCAUGACAAAUGAGCACUCUUCAUCAGGCAUCAGCACAGCAUCAGAUAGUGACGGCACAGUGAGGAGCCAAGCGAUGAUACCUCCGCAGCUGCUUGUGCCUCGCUCCAUGAUGCCCUCGUCAUCGUCGGAGCCUACUGUGCAUGGGGGCAGAGAAGCAGGCUGUCCUGUUCCUGAGGGAAGGGUGCACGGUGGCGGCCUACUGUCACUCCUCGGUGGCAGCUUCAGGAACGCCAAUAUAGAUAAGCUCUGA